AUAUUAUUGUUUCGUUCAUCUUGGUAUUUCUUGAAGUUCCGUUGUAUAUUUAUAUGUUUCAUUUUCUUCCUUCAAACCUUAUUACGCUUCUCUGUUUGGUGGUUAUGUUGCUCUGAUUAUGCGUGAUUUUUCAUCUUCAACCACAAUUGCAGUUGGUCAAGUCCCAACCAGCAUUUACUUCGGGCAUACUUUGUAAGUUUUAAAUAAAAACCCGGGAAUUUUACUUCAGGAUGACAUGGGGAGACACACGAUGUUCUCUGAAAUCUACAGCUCCCCCCGGAAGUGUCGAUAUGUCCACUGCUGUGGAUUUCCGACUACAAACUUCCGUACUAUGUCGUUCGUUCUUGCUAGCCAGUGCAAACAAACAAGAUACCAGUUACUUAACUGACUUAAGUGAUACCACUAAUGCUGAACUAAGCUGUAUCCCCAAUGGACAAGAAAUCAUAAAGUCAUUGCUCCAGUUAGUCAGGGACUUUAAUCAACGCUUCAGUCGGACACAUGAAAUAGAACCAGUCGCUGAAAGCCUAGGAAUCGAUUCAGACAAACCAGUUGAUAUAAGCGCUUUGGAAAUAUCUUAUCUUGAAAUCUUAAAUGGAUUGUUUGAAAAAGUGAAUUGGGGACGUGUUGUAGCAAUGUUUGCAUUUUUACGUAUACUAGUUUUACGAUUAUCAAAACAUGGACACAGUGAUGCAAUACAAAUGCUUAUAAAAACAACGAGCAAAUACUGUGAUGAAAAAUUGAAAACCUGGAUUAAUCUUCAUGAUGGUUGGUCUGGAUUAAUCAAGUUCACUGGCAAUCAGUUUGUGAAUGAUGGGGAAGAAUUAAUUUGGAGAACACUGCGUAACGUUGGUGGACUCGCCACUGGUGCUGUCGGAGCACUGGGUUUGGUUGCAUUAGUCGGUUACAUUGCUAAUAAGAUUUGACUGUAGAAUUCUAUCAACAUGAUAACAUUGAUUGGGCUUUCGGUUAUUACUGCUACCACUACAAUUAAUAAUUUCAUGUUUCUUCACUAUUCCCGUUUAUAUUGUUGGAUAUGUUGAGCAAAUAUAGAAGAUUGCUUCAUUGCAAUCAUCUACCCUGUUUGUAUGUGACUGAAGGUUUCUAAUGUUUUCAUUUCAUUUCUUUCGAUACCGUAUUGGUCUUUGUUGUACCUGUCACAAUGAUUAACUGCCCCUUAAAAUGUCAUUUUACUUUUUCACAUCUCAUCGUAACAAUUUUGAACUGAUUAAAAUAAUCACCGCAAUCGUCAUAACAAGAGGCAAACCACAAAGGAGAAUGUAGGCAGACGAAAAAGUUAUUGUUUGCUAUCUCCAUACAAAACUUUGAAUUGGAUGGUAGUAUUAUCUUCACAAAACGAAAUCAAUUUCCCUGUAUCUAAUACCAUUCUCAUUCUCCCUCCACUGUCAUCACUCGAUAUCUCUCUUUUUUCGUCUUCUUUGAUGACAUUAUCUAGUCCUUGUGAAUUUCAAAGCACCCCCUUCCAUUGUUCUCUGAAAUUACUAACAAUUCAUUGGUUACUUUGUUUUAGCCUCUUGGCUCAUCUUUUUGGCUAUUUUAUUUUCAGCGCCUUGUGUAUAGUACUAUUUCAGUAUUUUGCGUGUUAAGCAAGGUGCAAUGCAUUGCACAUACUCUUUCCCAAUUCGGUCUGGUUUCUGUGUUUGUCUUUUUUAAGACAGGUAUAUUUUGUCAAAGAGACAACUUCAGUAUGUGUACACAAAAGCAUACAACAUAUCUACAUACAUGUACAAGGGUGAUCUGUUAUUUUUCUGUUGUAUUAUCUGAUGAAGCCAGUCGUUUUGAUUUUUAUAAACUAGCGGUACGUUUUUGUUAACCAAUUGGUUUCAAGACCAGAAGGUACUGAUUACUAAACACUUA